GGCUUCACUCUCAACAUCGAACCCAGAUCACACGCUCGCUCUCUCUCGCUUGAUCUCCAUCUCGAUCUCUCGAUAUUGGACAGACCUAAGUAAACAAACGCUCUCACAAUCUCACUCACAGAAGGUGAUGUAGUAAAGGUGUUUGAUAAAAUGUCAGUAUCAGAAAUGUUGUUGGAUGGAUAGUUUGAGAAAUGGGCCAGACGUAAGAUGUUUUCCUUCCGUUGUUUUCGGAUACAAUCGUAGGAGCUGGGUAGCAAUGGCUGGAAAAUCAGCAAAAGCAGUUGGCCAGUACCAAUAUCCCUGGCGAGAGAAGUUGACAAAAUACAAGUAUGAGCUCUUUAAGGGCGUUUGGGGUUAUUGGGAGCUGGGCGCCUGGAAACCUCUUGGUUUCAGUGCCCGCCAUCGAGCUCCUCUCCGCAAAGAAGUUCUGCUUGCUGGGGAAGAUUGGUCGUAUGAUCCUGAAAAGAAAGAGAUGAGAACCAAGAGGAAAGGACAUAAAUGUGAUAGGAUUGCAGCCGAAAAACGAGCCAAUACUGAGGAAUUAAUGCAGAAAAUGCCUCAGAUGGUGGCAGAUUAUCGGAAGAGGAGGUGGGAGAAGAAAAUGAAUGAAGAGGAUGCUGCGGCUAAAAAAGUAUAGGUUCUAGUUUCCUAUUCCCUCAUCAAACUUGUUCUCUCUGAAAUCUUUGCUCAGUUGAUGAUAUGUACAAUUGUACUGCUUCCUAGGUACUCCAAUUGUUCUUUUCAUUUAUUUGAUUUUUUCUUUUCCCUUUCUCCUCUUGUGCAUUAAGUUUGCAAUCAAAUAUAAAAGAUUGAUGGAGCUUUCUGUUUAGAUGACCUGUUAUGAGUAAUCCUUGAGUUUUAAGCUAUAAGGGCAGGCAU